AAAUGACGUAAUCCCUCCUCCUGACAGUCUGCUGGUGCAGUAACGACGCACUCAGAGCCGGUUAGCCGCACAUCUACCAUAUUUAUCCUGGUUACUCGUUUCCGCUUCAGCCUGUAGAACGACUAACACGUUUGUUUAAAAGAUUAAGAAUAGUUAAACCAAAACCCUUUUCUUUUUUUCUUUUCUUUUUUUCCUUGGCCAACCGGCUGGCUAAUGUUAGCCGUUUCCUGGUUGAAGUUGCAGCCAUUUUGGAAUUUUAUAGAGAGCAGCUAGCCGGCCGCGGUCCAGGGAACAGUCCAAGCUAGUCAUCGUCCCAAUUUUAAGGACUCCGAGGAGAACAUACAUCUGACCAGAGGGUAGACACUGUACAACGACUCAACAAUGAACCCCGAAUAUGACUAUUUAUUCAAGCUCCUGCUGAUUGGUGACUCUGGUGUUGGAAAGUCUUGCCUUCUUCUACGAUUUGCAGACGACACAUAUACAGAAAGUUACAUUAGUACUAUUGGUGUGGACUUCAAAAUACGAACCAUAGAGCUAGAUGGAAAAACCAUCAAACUUCAGAUUUGGGACACAGCGGGACAGGAGAGGUUUCGUACGAUCACAUCCAGCUACUACAGAGGUGCCCAUGGUAUCAUUGUGGUGUACGAUGUCACAGACCAGGAGUCCUUCAACAAUGUCAAACAGUGGCUACAGGAAAUAGACCGCUACGCCAGUGAAAACGUCAACAAGUUAUUGGUUGGAAACAAGUGUGACCUGACGACAAAGAAGGUGGUGGAUUACACAACAGCAAAGGAGUUUGCUGACUCUCUUGGAAUCCCCUUUUUGGAAACCAGCGCCAAAAAUGCCACCAACGUAGAGCAGGCCUUCAUGACCAUGGCUGCCGAGAUCAAGAAGAGGAUGGGCCCUGGGGCCACGGCCGGGGGCGGGGAGAAACCCAAUGUCAAGCUCACGCCAGGCACUUCUGUCAAGACUUCAUCAGGAGGAUGCUGCUGAGAGAAGAACCACUUAUCUCCCAUUGCCCGCCCCCCCCAAACCCCCCCACCUCCCUACCACCACCUUCCUCUGCAGGCCUGUCCCCCCCCCCCCCCCCCCUCUUUUUUUUCCCCUCGAUAGGCCCGUUAGCCUGAACCCCCCACAGACAGGACGGAUCAGAGGGACUGGAUCUGAUGUGAGAAGCAGAUAAAGUUGUAUUUGUACUGUACAUAAUGUAGCCGCACUACCAGACCAGUUAGGUCCGUCAGUCUGUCGGUCCUGUCUCUGAGGGGUGAUGAUCCGCCCUGCCCCAUCUCAGACCUGUCAGAGGCUGUUUUCUUUGUCCUCUGGUGGCAGGUUGGUGAGAAGUGUGUAUGUGUUGGUGUGAAUGUGUGUUUCUCUGCAUUCCUGCAGCAGGGUUGGUAAAUGGAUCGGUUUCACUGAGGUGUCUGGUCAAACGGACCUCCUCCUCCUCCUCUUCUUUCUUUUCAUUCUGUGAGUGUUUUGCUGCCUUUCAGCAUGUGUCUGUAAGUUUGUUUCCAUUUGAAGGUGUUUUUAAUUUUUCUUACCAGCCUCUGCACAACACUGUCUCAGCAGUCCUAAAGUCUAGUGCUACGAUAUAUGUACAUAAACAUUAUGUAUAUAUAUGUAAAAUUGGGUUUGCCAGUUCUGUUGUGUUGAAUACAUUGAAUUGGUCUCGACUCUUUAUCUGCAUUAAAUUUGUGGCUGAUGACAACUGUAAGUUUGUUUCUCAACAUGUAACACUUAAACUGAAAAUAAAUAUUGUACUACCACA